UCUCGCUCUAUUGUCCUGUCCCUGCGAGCCCAUCCUCUCCUGUGAAAGAUAUACAUACAGAUUACAGACACAGCAGCAGCAGCUUGUGUAGAGAGAGAAAUAAGAGCGAGAAAGUUGUUGAAUCUGGAUAAUUCUCGGUGGAUUGACGUGAUUCUGUCGCCGGAGGAGGGCGUUCGGGAGAUGAGAGAUCUGUAGUUUUCGUGAGCGUACGGAAAUGGUGAGUUCGGAGGUUUCGAUCAGAGGUUACGCGGAGACGAGUGAUGGACCGCGUGCCGGCGCUUGUAGUGGAGUUCGGAGUGCCGCCGGCGCCGGAAACGGUAAUUGUGACGCUGAGGCAGCGUUGUACAUGGAGUUAUGGCGGGCUUGUGCUGGGCCGCUGGUGACAGUGCCACGUGAACAGGACCUGGUGUUUUAUUUUCCUCAAGGCCAUAUAGAGCAGGUUGAAGCAUCGACUAAUCAAGUGGCUGACCAGCAAAUGCCAGUGUAUGGUCUUCCUCCGAAGAUACUAUGCCGCGUUUUCAACGUCCUUUUGAAGGCUGAACCAGAUACAGAUGAGGUAUAUGCCCAAGUGACUUUGAUGCCUGAGUCAAAUCAAGAUGAGAAUGCUGUGACGAGGGAAUCCAUGCUCCCUCCACAGCCACGGUUUCAUGUACAUUCCUUUUGUAAAACACUUACAGCCUCAGACACCAGCACACAUGGUGGGUUUUCUGUGCUUAGACGACAUGCGGAUGAAUGCCUGCCCCCACUGGAUAUGUCUCAGCAGCCUCCAACUCAAGAGUUGGUGGCCAAGGAUUUGCUUGGAAGUGAAUGGCGUUUCAAGCACAUAUUCCGGGGGCAACCAAAGAGGCACCUCCUUCAAAGUGGUUGGAGUGUCUUUGUUAGUUCAAAAAGGCUUGUUGCUGGGGAUGCAUUCAUUUUUUUAAGAGGUGAUAAUGGGGAUCUCCGUGUUGGUGUUAGACGUGCCAUGAGACAGCAGGGGAAUGCUCCGUCAUCUGUUAUUUCCAGUCACAGCAUGCACCUUGGAGUGCUGGCUACAGCAUGGCAUGCCAUUCAGACUAAAACUAUGUUCACUGUAUAUUACAAACCAAGGACAAGCCCAACUGAAUUUAUCAUUCCAUAUGACCAGUAUAUGGAGUCUCUAAAAAACAAUUACUCCAUAGGAAUGAGAUUUAAAAUGAGGUUUGAAGGGGAAGAAGCUCCUGAGCAGAGGUUUACUGGAACUAUUGUUGGCAUUGAAGAUCGUGAUCCCCACAAGUGGCCAGAAUCAAAAUGGAGAUGUCUAAAGGUGCGGUGGGAUGAAACUUCAACGAUUCCAAGGCCUGACCGGGUUUCACCUUGGAAAAUAGAGCCAGCUCUUUCUCCUUCUGCACUAAAUCCACUUCCAGUACCAAGACCAAAAAGGCAUCGAUCCAACAUUUUUCCUUCUCCUGAUUCAUCUGUCCUUACAAGAGAAGGUUCAUCCAAAAUAUCUGCAGACCCUUCACCUUCCACUGGGCUUCCGAGGGUCUUGCAAGGACAAGAAUUACCAACCUUGAGAGGUACUUUUGCAGAAAGUAAUGAGUCAGAUUCAUCUGAGAAGCCAAUGGCAUGGGAACCACCUUUGGAUGAUGAAAAGAUUGACAACCUAUCUAUGUCACACCGACAUGGUUCAGAUAAGUGGUUGCCGUUAGGGAGGCUUGAAUCUUCGUUUACAGAUCUAUUAUCAGGUAUUGGCACACAAAUAAAUUCUCCACGUGGCUUCUGUUUACAGUCUGGGGAUCAAUCAGCAGUAGCUCCUAGUUUGGUAAAGCAGAAAACACAGCACCAAGAAGGGGAAUUUAGCUUACUUGGGAAGCAAUGGUCUGUUGUGCCUUCUGGUCUUUCGCUUAAUUUGAUGGAUUCAAGCAUGAAAAACCACAGAGAAGGUUUUGAUGCCACCUAUCAACCACUAGGAGACUCUAGGUAUGCUGGUUGUGAGUAUUCUGCACUACCUGGUAACAAACAUGAAAAUCAUCAAGGGAACUGGUUGGUGCAGCAUCAACCAAUGUCUUAUGUGCAAAUGCCUACUCAUUCAAGAGAGCCAAUGCUUAAAUCCACACCAAUGCAACAACAUGAGGUCAUGAAGCCAAAGGAUGGGAACUGCAAACUAUUUGGCAUACCCCUCAUAACUAACGACUCUGCUACAACCCAGCCUGCUAUGUUACCCAUAAAUGCAAUGAUUGAGUCAGGUCACAUGCAUGUUGGUACAAACUCUCAUCAAACCACUGCAAUUGAAUUAAAUCAGAGGUCUGAACAAACAAAGGUUUCUAAAGGGCUAGAUAGUAGGCCUACUGGCAAUGAACAGGAGAAACAAUUUCAAACUCUCCGCAGUGGUGUUAGAGACAAGGAGGGGAAAAUCUACAGUGGUUCAACAAGGAGUUGCACCAAGGUUCAAAAACAGGGCACGGCCCUUGGCAGGUCUGUGGAUCUUUCCAAGUUCAAGAACUAUGAUGAAUUGAUUACUAAACUGGACCAGCUGUUUGACUUUAAUGGUGAACUUAAGUCUCAGAACAAGAAUUGGAUCGUUGUGUAUACUGAUGACGAGGGUGAUAUGAUGCUGGUGGGAGAUGAUCCAUGGCAAGAAUUUUGUGGUAUGGUUCGCAAAAUCUGCAUCUACACGAAAGAUGAGGUACAGCAGAUGAAUCCAAGGGCUCUAAAUUCAAAAGGCGAUGAUAUGUUAUCUGUUGCAGAAGGAUUGGACGCUAACGAAGUGAAGAGUUCAGAGUUGCCUUCAGCAUCCAGCGCUGAGGAAUGUUAAAAAUUUCCUUAAAUCCUAGGUUUCUUAUAGGUUCGUAGUGCAUUAGAGGGAGAAGAGCAAAGGUUUACUGAUCCAACUGGUGUCUUUGGGGAUGCAUGGGUUCUUUUCAACUCUCUCUCUAUAUAUAGAUAUAUAGAUAUUUUGGGAUCCCUGUACGUAUAUAUUAUCUGUGGCGACGAUCUUGCUUUAAAUAUUGGAUGUUGUAUAUAGCCAGCCAGCCCAUCCCACUGAGGUUUUCAGCUGUGGAUGUAAGUAAGAAGUAAUGUGAUGACUACUCUGCUUAUUGUUGAUUUUAUGUACAAUUGAUGUCCAA